UUUACUGGAAACAGUCCUGUAUUUAUUAUAUUUUUCAUAUUGUGAUUUUUUUUUGGUUUUGAUUUUAACAUGUCUAGUCGCUUGUGAUAUAAGUGAUAAACCAUUUAACGUUCUAGAGGUGCCGAACUCCCAUGUACGCUAACGUGGCUAGAUGUACAGCUUUGUAAAGUAUUCAAGAGAGAACAACGAAUGCCACAGAGAAGAAUCACUGCUGAACGGACACCACACCUCUUUUGAGCGACAGCUCAUCCACUGGAUACUACUUUUCGCAACUCUUCUACUUACAUGUAUAUUUUUAAUUUUUUACUUUUUAAACCGAAUGGAUAUUGAAAAGACAACCUGGAUGGUGUUGCCAAGCGAAGUGUUGACAAGAGCUUGCGAGUGAAGUUGACCAACUUUUUGUUGUUGUGGCGGUGUACUUGUCAAGUCAUUCGAGAAGGGAAUUUACAACAACUUAGGAGGCAAAAUGGAUCAAGCCAGCGGCGGGGACGACCCCAAUAAACCUCCUAAAAAGAGGGCCAGCGAGGAUGAAGGCAGAAACAAAAAGCUGAACAUACACAUUAAAACAUUGGCUGAUGAUAUGCGUGAUCGCAUUACCAGUUUCAGAAAGACGGGAAUGAAGAAGGAAAAGCCCCUCAUACAGCAUCCGACGGACCCUUUCUCCACCCAGACUGAAUUGCCCAUUCCUCAACCGCUUUUCGACGACCGCUCCAUGAACCUUUCGGAAAAGGAGAUCAUUGAUCUCUUUGAGAAGAUGAUGGAGGACAUGAAUCUGAAUGAAGAACGAAAGGCACCUCUCCGCGGGAAGGACUUAAGCACCAAAAGAGAGAUGGUCGUCCAAUACAUCUCUGCCACUGCCAAAUCUAUAACUGGGAGCAAAGUUGCGGGAGGACUAAGGAACAGCAAGCACGAAUCUACUCUCUCGUCCCAGGAAUAUGUUCACGAGCUUCGUUCUGGUAUCGCGGAAGAAAAACUGCUCAACUGCCUAGAGUCGCUCCGGGUUUCUCUCACCAGUAACCCAGUCAGUUGGGUUAAUAACUUCGGUCAUGAAGGUCUUGGUCUUCUUCUGGAUGCACUGGAGAAGCUUUUGGAUAAGAAACAGCAGGAGAACAUUGAUAAACGAAAUCAGCAUAAACUUAUACAAUGCUUGAAGGCUUUCAUGAACAACAAGUAUGGGCUGCAAAGAAUCCUGGGUGAUGAGCGCAGUCUGUUGUUACUGGCGCGAUCCGUCGACCCCAAACAGACCGGCAUGAUGACCGAGACUGUCAAGAUCCUGUCGGCUUUCUGUAUCAUUGGUGAAGAAAACAUCCUGGAUAAGAUUCUGGCAGCCAUGACAAUUGCAGCAGAGCGGAACAAUAAAGAAAGAUUUGCCCCAAUUGUGGAAGGACUGGAGAAUCAUGAUGCUCAGCAACUUCAGGUUGCUUGCAUGCAGCUCAUCAACGCGCUUGUUACCUCCCCGGAUGACUUGGACUUCCGGAUACAUCUGCGGAAUGAGUUCUUAAGAUGUGGCCUCAAAAAGAUCCUCCCGGAACUCAAAGAGACGGAGGAGCUGGACAUCCAGCUCAAGGUGUUCAAUGAAAAUAAAGAGGAGGACUCCAUCGAACUCUCCCAUCGCCUGGAUGACAUCCGGGCCGAGAUGGAUGACAUGAAUGAGGUGUAUCAUCUCUUAUCCAACAUGGUGAAAGACACAGGCUCUGAGGCCUACUUCCUGUCUAUCCUGCAGCACCUGCUGCUCAUCAGGAACGACUACUACAUCAGGCCUCAGUACUACAAGGUGAUUGAAGAAUGCAUCUCCCAGGUGGUCCUGCAUCGAAGUGGGAUGGACCCCGACUUUGGUUACAGUCGACGAUUAGAUGUGGACUUCACCCAUCUGAUUGAUCAGUGUGUGGACAAAUCCAAAGUUGAAGAGAGCGAGCAGAAAGCUGCCGAGUACUCCAAAAAGUUUGACGAAGAGUUCAGUGCACGGCAGGAGGCUCAGGCUGAGUCUCAAAAGAAAGAGGAGAGAAUCAAAGAGUUGGAGGGGAAGAUCCAGACCCUAGAGUCUCAGCAGUUAACUAUAGAAAGUGACAAGCUCAAAGAGGCUCAGAGACUCAUCAGGGAAUCUGAAGCCAAGAUUGCAGCUGGACCAGCUGUGCCAGGAGCGCCACCCCCGCCACAACCAGGAGGUGCCGCAGUACCCCCUCCACCACCUCCCCCUCCUCCACCACCUCCACCAGGCGGCUGCCCUCCACCACCUCCACCUCCGCUGCCUGGCAAUGCCUCUGCUCCACCGCCUCCUCCACCACCUCCUCCUCCAGGCGGGGGGCCUCCACCCCCGCCUCCUCCGCCAGGUUGUGGGCCGCCACCUCCUCCGCCAUUUUUCGGGGGCCCAGGUGCGGCUCCGCCACCUCCUCCAAUUCCUGUACUCAAAUUGCCCUAUGGACUUCAGCCCAAGAAGGUUUACAAACCUGACAUAGUGAUGAAAAGAGUUAACUGGAACAAGAUAGUGCCUCAGGAAAUGGCGGAGAAUUGCAUCUGGAUUAAAGUAAAAGAGGAGAAGUUGGAAAAUCUUGACCUGUUUGCUCAGCUCUCCCACUGUUUCUCGUCACAGAGCAAAGUGAGGAAGGAUACGAAUGAUGAACCUGACAACAGAAUGACACAAUUUAAAAAGAAGGCAAAGGAGCUUCGCAUUUUGGACGCCAAGACAGCGCAGAAUCUAUCAAUUUUCUUGGGCUCUUUCCGGCUGCCUUAUGAGGAGAUCCGAGACAUUGUACUUCAGGUUGACGAGGAACGACUGAGUGAAUCACUCAUUCAGAACCUGAUAAAAAACUUGCCGGAGCAGAACGAGCUGUCGUCUCUAGCGGAACUUAAGAGUGAAUAUGAAGAGCUGGUGGAGUCUGAGCAGUUUGGGAUUGUGAUGAGUUCAGUCAAGCUCCUGCGACCACGACUCAACGGCAUCCUGUUCAAGCUGACGUUCGAGGAACAGGUGAACAACAUUCGGCCAGACAUCAUGAAUGUGACAUUCGCCUGUGAAGAGGUAAAGAAGAGCGAAGGCUUCAGGAAGCUGCUGGAGUUGGUGCUGCUGGUCGGCAACUACAUGAAUGCCGGCUCCAGGAAUGCGCAGACGUUUGGUUUUAACAUCAACUUCCUCUGCAAGCUGCGAGACACCAAAUCUAUCUCUCAGAACACGACGCUGCUUCAUUUCCUGGCUGAGAAAUGUGAUGAGGCAUACCCAGAGAUUUUGAGAUUUCCAGAGGAACUGGAGCAUGUAGAGAGUGCCAGCAAAGUGUCUGCUGAAAUCCUCAAAGGCAGUCUGAUCACCAUGGAGCGUCAAAUCGUGAGGCUAGAGAACGACAUUGAGAACUUCCCCAAAAGUGAUGACCCACAAGAUAAGUUUGUGGAAAAAAUGUCAGGCUUCUGCAAGCAUUCACGGGAGCAGUAUGAGAAGCUGUCCAUCAUGCACAAGAACAUGCAGAAGCUCUACGAGAACACAGGCAGCUACUUUGCCUUCGACCCGCAAGUAGUCUCCGUGGAGGACUUUUUCGGAGACCUCUCCAACUUCCGCAUCCUCUUUUUGGAAGCCGUGAAGGAGAACCACAAGAAGAGGGAGAUGGAGGAGAAGAUCAAGAGAGCCAGGCUGGCGAAGGAAAAAGCCGAGCGCGAGAAGCAGGAGCGCCAGCAGAAGAAGAAGAAGCUGAUUGACAUGAACAAAGAGGGAGAUGAAACCGGUGUGAUGGACAGUCUAAUGGAAGCUCUGCAGUCAGGAGCAGCCUUCCGUGAUCGACGAAAACGGAUGCCACGCAAUGGUGAUCAAAGUCCCUCCAGUCCAGGCUCUCGGUGGCCGACUGCUAACUAUGGUUACAGAACCUUAGAUAACCGGCGUGCAGUCCUUGAAAGGUCCCGCUCACGCCACAACGCAAACCACCAAGCUCGAUGAUGCUCACCCGAUGAGUGGCAAAGAACACCUGGACGACUUCCAGACCACCCUGUCACUGUGUUGCGCACACAUGCAAAGAAUUGAAGGAAGAAAAAAAAACAUCAUCAAACAUCAUUCAUGCCUUAGACGGUUUCAGUUAUUAUUACAUAUUUCCCUCUUUUAAAUUAUAGGGAAAAUGUAUUAUAGGCUGAUGAAAACACUUCCAACAAGGACAGCAGCAUCAUUAUGUAAGAAAAAAGACUCCAUAUUUUUGAGAAAAUGCCCAUUGGUUGUAGAACAAUAAAAGAGGCUGGUUGUUACGGAUGGAAAACUCCAGAUACUGACGGUCAUCUGAAAGAGUAUACCUGAGGUAUCAUGCAAAGCUGUCCAUACCGAUACUUUAUAGCUUGUGAUUCAGCUGAUGCAUUUUUUUUUGUUUGUUUGUUUGUUGGUUUUUAUUGUUCUGUUUACUUUGGAUAGACACAUUCCUCUUAACUACACUUUUUUCAGCUCAGUUUUAUGUAGUAUUUAUGUGACGCGCUUAAGUAAAUGCCGUAGUCCGCCAAGAGAGUGUGACUGUUUAGAAAAGCCUCUAUUUCCGAUACACUGUACCGGCUCGGUUCCCUCUGGUGCAAGAAAUCUUCUCUGACGUCGCAAAUAUGAAUACCAUAAACGCGUAUAUUACAGGUUAUAUGUUCAAAACCCGGCCACGGUCAUACAAAUAUAAAAUACAUUCCAUUAAAUCGAAGCAUUUUGUUGCAAUAGGAGCAAACACUUGAUACUAAAGUCUUUCAAGUAUUUAAAAAUACUAAAGGUUUUAGACAAACCGUAUACAUUGUCUAACAGUCUGAUAGCUUAAUGCUAACAUUCAAUGCAAAAAAACCUUCAGCAGGCUAGCUCAAAUUAUUAUUCAUAAACUUUAAAAAAAAAAAAAAAAAAAAAAACUAUUUUUCACGCACAUUAAGAACAUAAAACAAUGCAGUUAUAUAUUCUGUCAACUGUUUGAGAACAGCUAUUACUAGAGCAACUUCCCUGGCUCUUCUCCUUCCACUUAUCUUAAUUUUCAGACUAUAAGCCGCUAAUUUUCCCACUGUUUUGAACAGCUGUUUUUAGUCUAGUGCUUGUAAUUCAUGGAUUUAGAUUUUUUUUUAACAGGCUAAUGAGCUGCAUGAUUUUUGUGUAAAUAUCCCAUAAUACAGUGUGGAAAACUAUGGUUUAUAGUCUAUAUAUGAACAAAAGCAGUUUUCUUGUCGAAUCUGGUGGACGUGGCUUACACUCCGUACCGUAUUUUCACGACCAUAAGGCACACCUAAAAGUAAAAAAAAAAAAUCUCCAAAAUGGACGGUGCGCCAAAUAAUGUGUUGUGCCUAUUCUGUGGACUGAACACCAAAAUGUGUGUCUCUGACUGAGCAAUUUUGGAAAAGGCAAAUGUAAGUGUGAGCCGCAAGAGAACCGUAAAGGGAGAAGGUUGCAUGUGGUAGGAGGCGUGCCCCCAGUAGCUGUAAUGUUAGAGUGUAUGCGUUAGGCUAAACAACAUUGGUUUAGCGUAGGACCCUUGAAAAUGGCCUCUACGACGAAAAUACACGCUUACAAAGCCUGGGUAAAACUCAAACUAAUCACCUACGCCAGGGGUCUCCAAACCAGUCCUCCAGGGCCGCUGUGGGUCCUGGUUUUUGUUCAUACCGAUCAAGCACAGAACUUUUAACCAAUGUGGUUUCUACUAAAACAAGCAGCACCUGACUGCAAUCAACUGAUUAUACUCAUAAAACACCACAUUGGUGAAAAGGUGUGGUCUUGUUUUGUGGGAGAGAAAUCCUGCACCCGUUGCAGCCCUAUGUUGAAUAGUUUGGAGACCACUGACCUACGCGAAACAAAAAGAAACUGCCACCUUUUGUAAUUUUUUUUAAGAGGAAGACGCUGCCUAAGUUGAACUGCCAUGAUUGAUGGAGACCUAGCCUAGCUGUUCAAUUCGGAUACAGAAGAUGAGGACUUUGAUGGAUUAAGAUUGAUGUGAGUACUUUGCUAAAUUCUUUAAUAAAAUACAAUUGAACUCACAGGCAGUUUACACGGUGACGUUCCGAGAAUGCGACAAAUUUCAUAUUUGCAUUUAUAUGGUUCCGUCUCCAUUCGAACAAUGUCACAAUGCCGCGUGAAAAUGAAGUAUUCAUGCCAAGCUCUAGGGGGCAGUGCGGAUAUACAAGGCGACAGCCAAUGAUGCACUUUGACAUCAACAACUUCCUCAGCCCGGAAGACAACAUACCAGCCUACUCCAAGCAAUUGCAUUUUUCUUUUGCUCCAAAAGGCGCAAAAAUGGAAACAUUAAACAUAUAUAAAUAAAGAUAUUAUAAAAACAGUGAAUUAAAGCCGACGUUCCAGCAUGUUUGCUGUUUUUACUGUUUAGUAGCAGCACUGUGCAAAGUGACACGUCCCGAGUACUGACGCCUUCCGUUUUCGCCGACACCAUAUAAAAGUGAGGCCAUUCCGCGACACAAUCAUUGCGUCUUUGUGUCGCAGAGUCGCCAUGUAAACUGCCCUUCAGUUUUGCUCCCGCUGCCUUUAAAAUUAAAAAAAAAAAAAAAAAAUAGCGCACAUGCAAGCAUAAGUUUUUCAUGCGCCCACUAAUGCGGUGCACCUUGUGUGUGUGUUAAAUACAAAAAUAUCACCCGAAAAUGAGCCGGCACCUUUUAAUACGCUGCGCCCUAUCGUCUUGAAAAUACAGUAAUUAGGAUGUAAUGACGAAUCUGUGAACAAGCGUCGAGCAGUGGUUUACCCAAUCUGUAACAUUAUCAAUGCAAAUUGUGACUGGUAGUACCUUUUAGCGGAAACACGUCAACUGUGAGUCCCGCUCUGACAACCAGUUUUGAUACAGUGUAGCGGAGAUGGGGCUGUUGUCUAAUUUCUGUGGUCAGGUAUGAACCCUGUCACUUAAAUCUUGGUGCACAGUCCUUAGUAUGCAUGUGUUUUACUGACUCCAAUGCUAAAAUGAAAAAUGUUGUGAAGUUUAUUUGGACUAGAUGCAUGCUCUAAGUACAGUGUCUUUUGGCCAAAACCAGAUUCUCGAAUUGUGUCAAACAAGGAUGCUUUUGUGGUUUAUUUUUUACUUUAAGAUUUUACUCCCAUUUUGACACAGCAUUGAUUUUUUUUUCUUGAUAGAAUUCUUUUAAACAUGCCAGUUGGGCUCUUAAGGUGUGUAACCAUUAUAUUCAUUCAUCUUCUGAAUUGCUUAUCGUCAUAACCAUUAUAAUUAUGUAAUAUUUUCAUCUGAAGCAAAUGCUCGCUCAUUUUGGCCAUUGAAACAGUGAAUUUGAUACAAUGCCUGGAAGUAAUUCAGGCUUUAAAUAGCAUGCAUUUUAUACCACUGAACAAAAUGCACUGUUUUUAGGCGAUUGUGAGCCACAGGGCAUAUUUUAUGCAUAAAUUAAAAACAUGACAAAUACAUAAAGUAUGCAAAAUCUACUAAGGAAAUAUGUGUCUGCGACAGCAAAUUAGUGCUAGCGUUCCCUUGUGGGCUCUUGGUUGCUGCUACUUCUCAGUAGCAUCUCCCAGCUAAUGAAGUUUUAAACAUUCAAACAAACACACGUCUGAUGCUUGUUCGUGUUCGAAAUGGUGGAGAAGUCGCCUGAAGCUUUGUGACUGCAGUUUGAGAACGGAGCCUCUGCUGCUUAUUCAUAUAUUCAUGCCUCGGGUGGCGCCGUCUACUCGUUCGCUGCCCUCAACUGUAAGCAGAUGCUGCGAAAAACAAGCAAUGAGUCCAUGGCCGAAGUCAAGAUGCUGCUUGUCUUAGCCUGUGAGGCUUCAACCAACCAUGCACUCACUCAGUUGCUACUGAAAAAAAAUCGUCCAUAAAAUACAUUAUAUGCAUCCGCGUAUAUGGAUAUUUAUAUUCAGUGGUACCUCAAAGUAUGACCACACAAAACUAAACUUUUACAUUGGAAUAUAUUUUUCAUUAAUCCCUUCCCCAUCAUCAAACUUUUAUUUAUUGUAAAUGCAAUUUUCAAGUCAUAAUUUAAACAUUGCUUUUCAAGUAUAAGCUACUUAAUACCCUAUCAUAUUUGACCAAAAAAAAUCCAAAUGUAGAUGGUGUAGUGAUGCAUUUCCCUGACUUCCGUGCAGGCUGUGUGGUUUCGGAUUGUAAAUGAAAGUCUAAAUGGUUGUUUUGUUAGGUUUGCCUAAUAAGCAGAAAACCCCUCUUAGCCUCUAAAACGAAUCAGUUCCAAAACAAAACACUUAAACCUAAAGAACAUUUUCAAACAUGACACAAUGGCAGCAACUUAAGAAAUAGUCUAAAGCGCAAAACUGGUUUCAACUUGUCACUCAAAUUUUUGGUAAAUCUCCAAAUUGAUAGAACGACUGUAUAAUCAGCCCGAAUACAGUAUGAGUUGGAUCUCUUCCCCAACAAAGCCUAUUUUUCCCUGCUGUUUGAUACUUCUAUGAGGGCUAUUCCAUUAUACAUUUGCAUGGUUGCAUAUUUUAAGAGCCAAUAAAUUCACAAAACACUUGCUUUAAGAUUUAUAAUAUUGUCAGUGAUAUACAGGUAGUCCCCGGGUUACGAACAAGUUCAGUCCUGCUCUGGCGACGUAACCAAAAUUUCCGCUUAAGACGGAAUUAACCUUUGAAGUACCCCUAAAUACCCAAUAAUACCUAAUAUUUAUCCAAAAACAUGUAUUACAUGUCAUUGUACUGUCCUCGCCAAGACAUUGGAGCUAAGUCCUAGCUAGAAAGUCGAAAUGACGAUGUCAGACGUCCGUGUAAUUUAUUCAGCUACUCAUAACAUCAUCUCUUGCAAAAUGAAAAUAAAAUAAAAAUUAGAUUAGUUUCAUCUUCAAUAACAGCAAUUCAAAUUUCCGUUUAUAACUAGCUGCUGAUACAGCAAUAACAAUCCACACAAACGAUUAGCAUGUAUCAGUUAGCGUUCGCACAUCAUCAUAAACAAUCACAUAAACUCUCCCCAAGUAUUUGACCACAAUUGAAAACAAUAAACAGUACAAAAGGUGUUAUAUUCAUCCGCUGCCUAUGUGGAUGCUUCACAAGCAACAAAUGUGUGUGCAGGCUUGCAGCUGUAUAGUCUUUACCCUCUCACUCGGCUGGGCGACUUCUUUGUUGGAGCAAAUGCGUUCUUCUUUGUGUGCGCAAAUAUGUACUAGAUCACAUGAGUUGGGUACGUCGUAAUCCGGGGACUACCUGUGUACAGUUUACUAUUUGUUGACCACCCAAUUAUAACAACCUGCUCCUGCAAAAAGUAUUAAGGCCACACUAAAGAAAAUAAAUACUAUUUCCAAAGGGGGAAUGCAUACAAUUGCAAGAGUAAUAUUAAGUAAUAGUAUAUUUGCACAAAUAUUUCCAAACACUUAUAGAGGAUGGUGUUAAUUUACAAAAACAUUGACUACUGCAUUGGUUGUUAAACUGAUACCAAAGGUAGACGUUUAUGCAAUACAAUUGCAUUUUUUUUUCUUUUGGUAGUUCUGUUAUUUCAUGUUUUUGUUGUUGUAGUUGUUUUUUUUUGUUUUUUUUUUUUAAAGCUAAGUUCAUUGUUAUAUUAUUUGUGCUUGUUUUCUUUUCAGUGUGGCUUUAAUAUUGCUCGCUUAAACAUACCGGAAGUGUAAAAGUUUUUUUUUUUUUUUUUUUAAUUCAUCAAUGUUGUCUAUCUGAAUGUGCCAAUUAAAAUUUGAUUGAAAACAUCUAUAUCAUGACAAAAAUCUUUCUUUCAGUCUGUUUAUACUAUAAAACGAGCAACGUGACUUUUUAAGGUUCCACUUUAGUGAAUAUUGUAGAUAUAAAAGCUUUUUCUUCUAUUUCAUCCAUUGUGUGAUGGAAAUAGUUGCAUACAAUUCUCAUUCAUUGUAGGGUUACAAUGCUCAUUCAUCGUAGGGGGUGGCAAAUAGGAGUUAUAUGUGGUAUUUUUUGAGAAUGAAGUGUCUUGUGCUGAACAUAAAAAAAGAUGUUGGGCCAUUGUGGAUGCUGCUGCUGCUGCGUCCGAGGAUAUAUGAAAGCUAUUCCUUAGGACAAUUAGAGUAGAAGCAUUUGAAUAUUUUUCCUUCAUCUACCAUGGCCACACAUAUGUUUUUGUGUUUUCCUUCCUAAUUGUGUUGACAACAGCAAAACCCAAACCGUCUCAGUAUUUAUUUGUGUUGCGUUCAAGGCCUGAUGCUUUUUUAGCUUAAAAAUUGUGUUGUUGGCCAGUGUUGAGAAAGAUGGGGCAAAGGUGUGAAGUAUCCCUUUCAAAAUGUGUAAAAAAUGUGCCAUUUGGGAGGGGCUUUUGUAAAUGUUAGGUGGCCAACACUUAAAUUAAAAAAUGAUUUUGGUGUGGUUUGCAGUCACUUUAUCUCACAAUGGAAAUGAUUAGCUAAAUCUCAGUUCCAUUUGCCACAACUAGCACAUUUUCUGAAAUGUUCUUCUUGGCAAAUAGUCCCCAGCUGCCUCGCUUCGUCUGGUUUGUCGCUCAGAGACCAAAUAUGACGUCUUUUCAGCGUAUUUUGUUUGGUGGCGACUUAGUCGUAAAGCUGCUGCACAUGUCACUCAGCCUACCUUCUUUGUUGUCUGUGACUUUGUCGAUUUGAUUGUCGUUACAAGCCUUUCUAUUUGUAUCCUCGACAACGUGGAUGGGACAAAGUAGACAAAAUCAGAAGGAUGAUGUGAACCCUUUCUUUCCACUGACUAUGUAAUGGAAUAUCAUACUAAAUAAUAACCACUUUGUUUUAUAAACUGAUUUAUGAAAGUCUUGCUUGGUCUCUGUGUUGUUGUGUUCCAUACGCUCUACACCAGGGG